UGUGUGUGUGUGUGUGUGUGAGAGAGAGAGAGAGAGAGAGAGAGAGAGAGAGAGAGUGACCCAGUGUAUCAGUAGUAUCCUGUGUAAUCCCAAAUCCCACUGUGCCUGUUUGAAAUCCUCUCGUGGUCCGAGAUCGAUUGGGAAUACUGAAUAAAACCGACACCAUUCAGGAUUUAUUACAAAUGUUCUGCCCUUCAGAACAGAAAGUGUGUGUGAGAGAAUGAGUUAUACCUGUGAUGAUGUCAGCGCAGCACUCAGGUGUGUGAAGGCAGUCAGAUCUGUGUGACGGACAGGAGGCCUGACCAAUCAGCUGCCAUGUCUGCUCGAGUGAGGCCUUUGGUCCCGCCCACAUUUCUGGUGGAGGGGGUGGAGCCGGUUACCAUGGACACAGAGGACAUUAUAGAAAAAAAGAACCCAGAUGCUGGAACUCACUUCAACAUCAACAUCAACAAUAACAAUGAAGAAGAGGAAAAAAAGAAGAAAAAGAAAGAAAAAAAGGAGAAAAAAGAGAAAAAAGAGAAGAAGGAAAAAAAGGAAAAGAAGGAAAAGAAAAAAGAAGCUGAAAAAGAGAAAGAGAAAGAAAAAGAGUUACCGAAGGAGAUUGAGGUUGUGGAUCCUGCAGGAAACACGUACUAUAACUGGCUGUUUGUGAUCACGUGUCCCGUGAUGUAUAACUGGAUCCUGAUCAUCGCCAGAGCUUGUUUUGAGGAACUGCAGGAGGACUACCUGAUUUACUGGUUCUUUCUGGAUUACCUGUCCGAUGUGGUGUACCUGUGUGACAUGGUGUUCAGGACCAGGACGGGUUAUCUGGAGCAGGGUCUCCUUGUGAAAGACGAGAAGAAGCUUCGGGAACGCUACAUGCAGAGCCUCCAGUUCAAACUGGACCUGGCCUCCAUGAUUCCCACCGACGUUUUCUACCUGUUCUUCGGCCUGAACUACCCGGAGAUCCGCAUGAACAAGCUCCUCAGGGUCAAUCGCCUGUUCGAGUUCUUCCAGCGCACCGAAACACGGACUAACUUCCCGAACGUCUUCCGGAUCUCCAAUCUCGUGAUGUACAUUGUGAUCAUCAUCCACUGGAACGCCUGCAUGUAUUACUCGUUCUCCAAGGCCAUCGGGUUCGGAACGGAUAAGUUCGUGUACCCGGACACCACGGACCCAGAGUUCGGUCGGCUGGUGAGGAAAUACGCGUAUAGCAUGUACUGGUCCACACUGACGCUCACCACUAUUGGUGAAACUCCACCGCCCGUCAAGAACUCAGAGUACUUCUUCGUGGUCACGGACUUCCUGGUCGGCGUCUUGAUUUUCGCCACCAUCGUCGGUAACGUCGGCUCCAUGAUCACCAACGCCAACGCGGCGCGCGCAGACUUCCAAGCUCGCAUCGACGCCAUCAAACAAUACAUGAGCUUCCGAAAGGUCACCAAAGAUUUGGAGAAACGGGUCAUUAAAUGGUUUGAUUUCUUGUGGACCAACAAGAAGGCGGUGGAUGAGAGAGAAGUCCUGAAGUACCUGCCGGACAAGCUGCGGGCGGAGAUCGCCAUCAACGUGCACCUGGAUACGCUGAAGAAGGUGCGCAUCUUCGCGGACUGCGAGGCCGGGCUCCUGGUGGAGCUGGUGCUGAAGCUCCAGCCGCAGGUCUACAGUCCCGGAGACUACAUCUGCAAGAAGGGCGACAUCGGCCGCGAGAUGUACAUCAUCAAGGAAGGGAAACUCGCGGUGGUGGCGGACGACGGAAUCAAGCAGUUCGUGGUUCUCAGCGACGGAAGCUACUUCGGGGAGAUUAGCAUCCUCAACAUCAAGGGCAGUCGCGCAGGGAACCGCAGAACCGCUAACAUACGCAGCAUUGGCUACUCGGACCUCUUCUGCCUGUCCAAAGACGACCUGAUGGAGGCGCUCACCGAAUAUCCCGACGCCAAGGCCAUGCUGGAGGAGAAGGGUCGGCAAAUCCUCAUGAAGGAUAAUCUCCUGGAUCUGGAGCUGGCCAAGCAGGGCCCGGACCCGAAGGACAUGGAGGAGAAGGUGCUGAAGAUCAGCGGGGUUCUGGACGAGAUGCAGACCCGCUUCGCACGCCUGCUGGCCCAACACGAGGCGACUCAGGGCAGGCUGAAGAAGCGGGUCACUAAACUGGAGAAGAAGAUCUCAGACUCAGGAGGAGUGGACAUCCCUGAGCCAUGAGGGAACCAGACAAACCCCGUCAAACUAACGAGUGAUAGAGUCCUGAACAGAAGCCUUGUUGUGCGUGUGUGUGUGUGUGUGGUCCAGCUUGGGGUUAUCCCAUCAGUCUGUGUUUCAGCACUGCAAAAAACGCUUUUCUUACUUAGUAUUUUUGUCUUGUUUUCAGACAUCAAACAUUUCUUAAGAUGCAUUUACUAAAGUAGUAAAAUGAGAUAAGAUAUUAUGUCCUGUUUUCUGGGGAAAUAAAUAAAAAUGAAGUGAGUUGAUGCUUAAAAAAGCUUAAAAAGUUAUCUACCAAUGGGGUAAGAAAAAUACUAAUAAUUCAAACAGAAACCUGAUUUUUUUUUUCCAUCCCAUUGGCAAAUAAUUUGGCUUUUUUAAGCAUCACUUCAUUUUUAUUUAUUUCCCAAGAAAACAGGACAUAAUAUCUUAUCUCAUUUUACUACUUUGGUAAAUGCAUCUUAAGAAAUGUUAGAUAUUUGGGCUGUAAACAAGAAAAACAUACUAAGUAAGAAAAGCAUUUUUUUGCAGUGAACAAACAACAUAAAAUGAAGAAAUCUGCUAAAUGCAAAUGUAAGAUAUUGUACAGAUGAUUUGGUCAAUACUGAUUGUAUCAUGUUAUAAACAUGUAAUUUAUUCUCUUUCACGAGAGAAUGUGAGGAUAAAAUAAAUCCUUUUUUGUUAGCAGUAGUAGUUUCACUCAAAACUCUUUGUAUUUAGAGAGAAACACUCAUAAUGAUGCUGCUCUAGCAAUAUCAGUUAAAGGUUUAAUCAAAGGACUAAAUGGGCUGUGAAAUAAAACAUUUAAAUACUUCUUCAAUAAAGAAUUCCUGACCAA